AUGUCUCUGACCAACGCCUCCCCCGUUGACUGCGCAAAGAGUGCGAAAUCGGCCUCUCACAUCCUCGCAACCCUCCCCGCCGAAGCCCGCAAUGACGCUCUCACGGCCAUCCACGCCGCUCUCGCUGAAGCUAAGGAUGAGAUUCUGGCUGCCAAUGCACGCGAUCUGGAGCUUGCCCGCAAGGCUGCUGCCGAUGGCCAACUGAGCCAGAGUCUGGUCUCCCGACUCGACCUGGGCAAGAAGGGCAAGUUUGAGGACAUGCUCAAGGGUAUCUUGGACGUGAGGGGCUUGGAGGACCCAGUCGGCAAGGUCACCCUGAGAACUAAGCUGGAUGACGGCCUCAUCCUCGAGAGAGUCACCUGCCCCAUUGGUGUUCUUCUCAUCAUCUUCGAGGCCCGCCCCGAGGUCAUCGCCAACAUCGCAUCUCUGGCCAUCAAGUCCGGCAACGCCGCCAUCUUGAAGGGAGGCAAGGAGUCCACUGAGUCCUUCGUCGCCAUCUCCAAGGUCAUCUCCACAGCCCUCGAGUCCUCCAAGGUCCCCAACUCUGCCGUCCAGCUCGUGACUACCCGCGACGUCAUCCCGCAGCUGUUGGCCCUUGACCAAUACAUCGACCUCGUUGUCCCCCGCGGCUCCAACGAACUCGUCCGUUACAUCAAGGACAACACAAAGAUCCCCGUCCUGGGCCAUGCCGACGGUUUGUGCUCUACCUUCCUCACCGGCUCCGCCGACCCUCAGAUGGCAGCCAAUGUCAUCGUCGACUCCAAGACGAGCUACCCCGCCGCAUGCAACAGCUUGGAGACACUCCUCGUGCAGGAGUCGGCCCUCGAGACAUCUUUCCCUGUCGUCGCCGAGGCGCUCAUUGCAAAGGGCGUGACACUGCACUGUGACCGUCAGUCCAAAGAUGUUCUGCUGUCCAAGAUCUCAGGCGACGCUGCCGCAAAGGUUGUCGACGCCAAGGAUGCCGACUAUGACACAGAGUUCCUUUCCCUGGAUCUCGCGGUCAAGACUGUCUUCUCUAUGGCCGAGGCCGUCCAGCACAUCAACACCCACGGCUCCAAGCACACCGACGCCAUCCUCACCUCUGACGAGCACGAGGCCGAGAAGUUCAUGAACUCCGUUGAUGCCGCCGGUGUCUACUGGAACGCGUCCACCCGCAUGGCCGACGGCAUGCGCUACGGCUUCGGUACGGAAGUUGGCAUCAGCACCAACAAGAUCCACUCUCGCGGCCCCGUAGGAUUGGAGGGUUUGAUGAUUUACAAGUACAAGAUUAGAGGGCACGGUCAGGUUUCGUUGGCGUACGGAGAGGGCGAGGGCAAGAAGCCCUUCAAGCAUGAGAAGAUGCCUUUUUAA